CUCCAUCCUCGCGCCGUCUUGUUGUCGCGCAUAUGCGACGCCAGCGUAUAGUUCGCGGACUGAGCAGCCGGCUAACAAACACAGGCUUUGAACGCCAACUUCAACCUUUAAUUUGAUACCCAUUUCAACUUCAUUUUCAGCCCCAAACUCUCAACAUGCCUAAGGCCGACAAGCCCGUUCGCAAGACCAAGGCCUCCACCCGUGAUGGCGCUGGCUCCAGAAAGAAGAAGGACCCCAACGCCCCUAAGCGUGGUCUCUCCGCAUACAUGUUCUUCGCCAAUGACACCCGCGAGAAGGUCCGCGAAGAGAACCCCGGCAUCGCUUUCGGCCAGGUCGGAAAGAUGCUCGGUGAGAAGUGGAAGGCCCUUAGCCCCAAGGAGCGCAAGCCCUAUGAGGACAAGGCCGCCGCUGACAAGAAGCGGUACGAGGAUGAGAAGGCAGCUUACCAGGCUGGCGGCGACGAGGAGGAGGAAUCGUCCUAAAUCACCUAUUAGUAUUAGGUGUCUCGUCGUUUGACCCCUUGGCGUUGUGUGUUUUGCUUUCCUAAUCGCUGAUAAUCAUCUCAAUUUGUUGUCGCCCUUUUCAUUAUUUACUUACCAUCUGUUAACGGCUUCUGGGAUGGGGUGAUGGUGGUUUGUGCUUGCUUUUCUGUUCAUGAAGGAUCUUCAAUGGGAAUG